GAACCUGCAGAAGAAGUCGAGUUGAGAUCAGAGGGAUCAGAGGCAAAGACUACAGGGGACCCGAAGCCUCAACUCUAUGGCACAGAAUAUCCAUGCUGCUUUUCUUCUCAUGGAGGCAAUACAAGCUUUUCGUGUGAAAGCGAAAAAAAACCAAACACUAGCAGGGUUGAAGAGGAGGCUCAUGGGAAGAAUGAAGAUGGGAGGAGGAACGACCUGCUUCUCAGCUGGAGGACUUUCAGGACUAAGCACUAGCAUGGACCAAGGAGUCUCAACUACAAACCACAUGACCUGAGUGCUGGGCCACUGAAACAGAUCGGGUUUGGCACAUCUGGAAUGGGCCUGGGACUUCCAUUCCCAGGGAGGGCCACUAAUGUCCAAAGAUGACAAGCAAGCAGCUGGGACUGCUUAGGGACCUCUGAGAGCUGAGAAGGCACAAAGUGUCUGGAGUGAGUGUGUCUGUGGGUGGCUUCUGUGUAUGGGUGCAAGCCCUAUCCCAAGCUAAAUAAAAUUCGUCUUCUCACUCCAGACCGGAGUGAGCCCCAAGCCAGGCCAGAUGAAGUCGGCCCGAGAACUCAUCAGACUGAACUGACAACUAGAGGAAGAAGUGCAGGGCUUAACAGCUUCUGGAAGUCAAAGCUGAAUAAAUGACCAGAGGGUGAAUAAUACAUUAGGGCAGACAGGGAUUUUGGCAAAGUAAAAAUCUUAUUUGACUCAAAGGAUAAAUGGAUGGAUUGGCAUGGAAGAGAAAAAAAGAGUCACAGUAAAACCUAGGGUGCUUUAAAAAGCAAGAGAAAGAUGCAUCAGGGAAAGAACAGGAGGGGGAGAAAAAAAAAACAACCCAGCCUUUCCCCAGGCAGUGAGAAAUUUGGGCACUGUGCUUAAGGCACAGGGAUUUUCAUUUUCUCCUUUAGAAUUUGCUAUUUAGGCUGAGCAUGGUGUUGCUCACAUGUGAUCUCGGCACCCAAGAAACCGGCAGGAAGAUCACCUGGUCUAAAAAAAAUAAUAAAUGAAAAAUCCUUCACCCAGGGCAUAAUUAUUCAGACUCACUUCCCUUCACUUACCACCCCCGGUCCCUAAGCUUGAGCUGACAUCAGUUUCUUUACCGGAAAAAAAUCUAAGCUCCAUCUUAGCUUUUCCUUCACUCCCCCACUCCAUCCUGUGCUCCUCUCAACACGCCGAGCGAGCGAGAGGCUGCCCCACGCUUAAGCUGAGGCGCACACAUACACAUCUGAAACUCACUCUUCUCUCUUCACCUUCAAGAGAAACGGGGCUGUGGAUAUCGACUGGCAAUACCUACAAACCCAGGCUCUCAAAAUUGGAAUUGUAAUGGGGGAAGACAGCUGAGAAACAGCCCACAGAGAAACCAUGUUAGGAUGCAUUCUUAGACAAGCAUGCAGUGUCAUGGGCUCCUGGGGUGCAGGAGGCUGGAGCCAAAGUGGAUGGUGUAUAUGGAAUGUGGAGCUUGAAUUGGAACGCCAGCCAGGCAGCCUUGCUGGGUAGUUAUGUGACAGGCAGAAUCUACAGGCCCGUAAAUAAAUGUACAGGGCCCCAGAAACACCUUACACAACGCUUCUUCCUCACUGCCUUGAGAGGUUUUAUCCUCUCAAGCAGCUACAGCCAUCUCCACCAACGUGUCCACUUCUCUUAUUAGCGAGAGCCCUAAAAAGCAGCAUGGAGCUAUAGCUACCACCGUGGAGAGGAAAAGCCCACGCAGCCCCAUAGCCAGCUGCCAACAAGCUGCGGAGCUAGAUGAAGCUGAGUAUUCACAGGCCCCAGGCAGACCUAGUGCCUCCCCAGUCCCACUACCAGCACUGGCCGGUCCGCCGCAGGAACCCACGCACCGCUAAAAACAUGCGCUGCCAGAAGUGCUCCGAGCCCAGGCGACCCCGAUCCAUGAGCGCGUCUGCCAGUCCAACUCUUCCAGACUCUUCUCUGCGCUCCACAGAGGUCCGCGUGCCCCAAGCCUCGACCCCCAUAGUCUUCACAGGGAUACCUGGAUGUCCCGCACAGGACCCGGGCACUGGGCAUCGCAUCCUCCCUCCUGAGCUUCCCAGGACCGACCCCCGCCGCCUACACGCGGCCGCACAAAGCGCGCCUCCUUGCCGGCCCGGACAAAGCGGGCCGGGGCGCCGGCUGCACCUACCUGGGUGCGGAGCGCCUGCGGGGCAGCGGGAGCGCGGCUGGCGGGGGCGCACAGGUCGUCGCCGCGCCCACAGCCCAGACGCGAAGGGUGGUUGCUGGAGGCUACUGGUGGUGGUGGCGGGGUGGCCCAGGGCGCACGGCAGGAGGGCGCUGUCACAGGGCGCUAGCGGCGCGGGGGGCGCGCGGGGCCGGCGGCCGCGGGGCGCGUGGCGGCUGCGCGCGGGCGCGAGCGGCGGGACUGCGGCGCCGCGGAAGGAGGACAAUAGCCUCCCCCUGCCGCAGGCCGCCGGCUCCCGCGGGAGGCCCGGGACCAUCUGGAGCUCGCGGCCCCGCGGGGCUUGGGGCGGGGCGCGAGUCACCCCCUCCCCACCCGGCGCCAUGGCAACCGCGGCCCCUCUAGGUUCCUGCAGUGGUUCUCCGGUAGGGGGUCUCUGACCUUCCCCGGGGCAAAUGCAGGACUGUCGCUCCUUCGGUAGUUCCCGACCCCCCACUGUCUUCCGCGUGGGCGCCCCGCUUGACCCCCACCUUCCGGUCCUCGCUAGCCCCGCGACACCCUUGGGCGUCUGGGUACCACCCAUAGUUAACCAGGCUUAUUCUUCCCAGUUUGGACAUUCCACCUUUGUCUCUGUCGCGCCUUUGCCUGGAUGCGCAAUCCUUUUAAAUGUCACUUACCUCCGAGGUUUCCCCGAGAUGCGGCCUCCGUUUCCUUUUCAAAUGUCCCCUUUUGGGCACCUCCAGGCCAUCUCGCUUAAGCGUUUCUCUCUGCCUUUCCCCCUUUCUCUCGUCCUCCUUCCGGCAGGUAGGCUGGCCCGCUUUCCAAAAGCAUCUCCAUGGUGCUCCUGGAGAUUCGCCUUCUCACAAAUCAGAUUCUCGGAACCGUCAUCACAGCGGCUCCUCAGCUCCUCUCAUUUAUCAACCAGGAGAAUUCUGGCCUAGUCACUGCCUUAAGGGGGUUGGGGGCAGGGAUGGACAUUUCUAGUCCUGGCACGGCUAGGUUUCUUCCUGGUUUAUUAGCAGCUGAGUGGUCUACGGUUUAAUGGCAUUAACCAAGGUGAGCUGCUAUCUGCUUAGGCGAGGAAGAAAAUAUGCCCAAAUCAGAGCAAAUGCAGAGUGGGUGCUAGCAGUGGGUGCUAAAAGUGCGUUUUGUCAUGUGACACUCCCACCCCCACUCCAGCUCUGAAAGUACUGUUCUUCCAGAUUGGAGAGCUAACUAAGCUCAGGGAGGAACCAGAAGGGAAAAAAAAGGAUGGAUUUUGUAGAGAGCCUUUGGGUUAUAUACUCCUGAGAAGAGAUAGGCCCUUUUGUACACUAGGAAUGUCUGAAAUGGACAAGUAAGGGCAACAAAAAGAAUGUUCUUUCAGUGAAUUAUUGAGCUUAGGGUAUUAAAAUAGCUAUAUCGUUAACCAAAUUUUAGCAUUUUGCUUCUUUCUGGAAAGGUAUGCAUAACUAAAACAGCUACAUGUAAUGGCACUACUUCCCAGGUAUGAUUUUCGCAAAGUAAAAUCACUGUGUUUAAAUUUAGUUUAAAAAAUAUUCAGGGUAAAACAAAAUCUUGCUACCACCACCAAACAGUUGUAUUGUUUCAUCUAUCUGGCCUUGGUUUUCCCUAUGUAUAAAACGGGUUGGGAAGGACUGGGGAGUUUUGUUAGACUGCUAAUCAGAUCUGAGAUUCUACCAUUAAACCGGAAUUCAGCCUUCUGUAAACUGUAUUUUGGGGUAUUUAUGAUUUUUAAAAAGUCACUUGUGUAGAAUGUGCCACACCUUUAAUCCCAGAGUUCGGAAAGAAGGCAGAGGCAGGCAAAUGCCUGAGUUCAAAGCCAGCCUACUCUACAUGGGAGUUCCAGCCCAGCCAGAACCACGAACAAAAUGAAAAUUGCCUCAUUCCUUCCUGCAGUGUAAGCUCGCUUCUCCUGUCCCCAGAGUCAGAGUAGUCAGAAUGUUCAGGAAUAGGCCACGGUGUGCCACGGUGUGCAUAAUGGUCAUCAUGGAAACCUGGCCACAGACACUAAAAUGGAUGGUGAGCCGGGAAUCAGCUCAGCAUCGAACAAGCUGCAAACCACAUUCUGCCGCUCACCAUUCUGGGAACUGAAAGUCUCAGAGACAGCCUGUUAGAUGGUGGUUAGAGGAGGCAAGGGUGAUAUUAGGUCUUGUGAUUGACUAAAGGAUAGUUUUUAUAGAUUAAUUCUUCAUUUCAACAUUGCACAAUCUUUUGAAAAACCUCUAAGCAUUCUAAUUUUCACUCAUUAAUAAUCAAAAUGACAUUCAGACACCUAAGUGGAAGUCUGAAUUAACCAAAUUAACUUAUGGCAGAGACUCCUUAUCUUCUGAUUCCUAGUCUGUUCAGAGAAAGAGUAUGGAUUUGAGGUCUGGGGUAGCUCAGUGGUAGGUCACUGACCUUGCAUGCACAAGGCCUUGAGUUCAAUCCCUAGUACCAGAGAGGUGGGGGAAGGCAGCGUUGGUGCUGGAAUUGGAUGCCCUGAGAUUAAUAUCUAGUUGGGAACUGUGAGUGGUGGUUCACACAUGUAAGCCAAGCACUCAGUAGGCUGAAGCUUGAAGGUUACAGGAUCAGCCUGGGCUGCAAAGUGAGACUUGUCUCUAAAUAAAUAAAUAAACAAUUAAAACCUGGUUUUGUGGUAUGACCUUAGAGAUGUACUUAGCUUCUUUGUGACUGGGUUUCCUCACCUAGAAGAUGUGAGGGUCAAGUGAAUUAUUACAGGUAAAGAUCUAGAACAGUCUUCUACCCAUAGGAAGCACUCUGUCCACAACAGUCAUCAUUUUACCAGAGUCCUACUUUACUGUACUGUUUCCCAAUUUGGAAAGGAAGCAUGCUCAAUAAUCAGAAUGCUGAGAUCACUUCUCUCAGCUCUGCCACUGGGUUGCUUUGGAAACUUGUUCUUUUUCACUGUAGUGAAUCAGUACAGUCAAUGACAAAGAGAACCUCUGCUUCCUUUUCCUGGGAGUUGCCAGAGUGAAUGGAAUGAUACCCACCUAGAGUGCUGAGCUGCUCAAAGGAUUCAAGUUUCCUGCUUAGGCUAACCUCUGUUCACGGGAAGGUCUCGGCCUAGAGCUGGGGCUGGAUUUUCAGCUUUCUGCAGUGCAGAAGAGGUGUCUCUAUUCUUUCCCUAAAUGAUUCUUCUGGCUCCUGGUGGAAAUCUCCUUCCCUCCCACACCCUCAAGGCCCUCACUCCUGGUGAGCAUUUAAACGCAUUUAAAUGCGGGCUUAAAAAGCCAGCAGUCCUUCUUAGAAGGGGAACAAAAUACUCAAGGGAGGAAAGACGGAGACAAAGUGUGGAGCAGAGACUGAAGGAAAGGCCAUCCAGAGACUGCCCCACAGGGGAUCCAUCCCACAUACAGUCACCAAACCCAGACAUUAUUGGGGAUGCCAGGAAGUGCAUGCUAACAGGAGCCUGAUAUAGCAGUCUCCUGAGAGGCUCUGCCAGAGCCUGACAAAUAUAGAGGCAGAUACUCGCAGCCAACCAUUGAACUGAGAACAGGGUCUCCAACGGAGGAGUUAGAGAAAGGACUGAAGGAGCUGAAGAGCUUUGCAACCUCAUAGGAAGAACAAAAACAUCAACCAACCAGACCCUCCAGAGCUCCCAGGAACUACACCAAAGAGUACACAUGGAGGGACCCAUGACUCCAGCCACAUAUGUAGCAGAGGAGCCCUGUCCCGCAUCAAUGGGAGGAGAGGCCCUUGGUCCUGUGAAGGCUCGAUGCCCCAGCUUAGGGGAAUGCUAGGGCAGGGAGGCAGGAGGGAGUGGGUGGGGGAGCACCCUCAUAAAAGCAGGGGGAGGGGGGAUAGGAUAGGAGGUUUCUGGAGGGGAAACUGGGAAAGGAGAUGUAACAUUUGAAGUCUAAAUAGAAAAAAUCCAGUAAAAGAAAAGAAAAAAAAAAAAAGCAAGCAAUGUUGAUGGCCUGUUCAUGUUGUCAUCAUCCACCUUCUCCCCCUCCUUCUUCUCUCGGUUAGAACUGAACCCGCGGUCUUGUGCUUGCUUGGUUUCUAAUCUACUCUGAGGUGCAGUCUUCUUGCGACAUCCAUACCCACAGGCUCUGCUUCUUCAACUACAUCAAACUAUAUCAGUCUUGAUCACAGACCCAGAGGAUCUGUGAUCCUCUGUCAGGGAUCACAGGCGGUAAUCAAUGAUUGCUCAUCACAACCACGAAGUACAGUCAGCGUUGUGCGGGAAACGUCAGACGCUAGAAGACAGUUUAGCAGAGAGCAGAAGCCCGGUGAAAGAGGGUGAAAGAAGACUCUUGUCAUUGGACUGAGACUGGAAAUGAGAAGCACUGACAAGCCAGAGAACGGGACUGGUAAUACCAGUCGCGAACAUAACAACUGGGGACCAGUUCUUGAGGUUUUACACUACCCUUCUCCCUCUCCUUCUCUUCUUCUUUCAGAGUCCCACUGUGUAGCCCUGGGUAGCCUGGAAUUACCUAAAUUACUAUGAAAUCUAGACCAAGCUGCCCCUAACUUAUUGGGAUUCCCUUGCCUCUGCCUCCUGAAUAUAAACCUAACUUAUUUAAUUUUUUAAAAA